GGAGAGAGGCUGGGAGCCGAGGGAGAACAGUGAGCCCUGCGCCGCCCGAACUCAGUUUCUUCCCACCACCGUUUCUCUUUUUUUUUGUGUAACUCAGACUUACCGUGAGGUUUUCCUUUUUCUUUUUUCCGCCCCUUGCUCCUCUCUGCCUCCCUUCGAGGGCUAGUUGGGCGCGCGCGGCUGAGGCGGUUAAAGGGGGUGGGAAAGGCGAAAGAAGAGGUGAUGCGUGUCCCGCUGACGGCCAACCCCACCCCCUCCGCGGCUGCCUCCACCGGCGCGGCCGCCGCCUCCGUCGGCUCUUAGAGCCGCCUCCGCUCCUCUCAGAGGCGACAACUCUUCUUUUUUUCUUUUUGCCCCCUUCACCUCUGAGCAGGACCCCCCGCCCGCCCGCCUGCCUGCCUGCCUCUCCGUAACCAUCCCCGGCUCGGUAUGAGCCGCGAACCCGACUUGGCUUAUCCUUGAGCCGUCGAGACAUCGCCGCCGAGGGCCCACACUUUUCUCCCCGGCCGAUCCUCCCUCCGCCCGCCCGGCUUCUUCUCGCUUAGAGACUGGGUUUUUUAAGGGGGGGGGGGGAGCGUGACUGAGUGCCCUGCAAGACCGGCUGUCCAAGAUGGGGGUUAACGCCGUGCACUGGUUCCGCAAGGGGCUGCGGCUCCACGACAACCCGGCUCUGAGGGAGUGCAUCCAGGGCGCCGACACCGUCCGCUGCGUGUAUAUUCUGGACCCCUGGUUCGCCGGAUCCUCCAACGUGGGAAUCAACCGAUGGAGGUUUCUGCUUCAGUGUCUUGAGGACUUGGAUGCCAAUUUACGGAAGUUAAAUUCACGUUUGUUUGUUAUCCGAGGGCAGCCUGCAGAUGUGUUUCCUAGGCUGUUUAAGGAAUGGAAUAUUACAAAACUUUCAAUUGAAUAUGAUUCUGAGCCAUUUGGGAAGGAGAGAGAUGCAGCAAUUAAGAAGCUGGCUAGCGAAGCAGGAGUCGAAGUCAUUGUACGAAUUUCACAUACUCUGUAUGAUCUAGACAAGAUUAUAGAAUUAAAUGGAGGACAGCCACCUCUUACCUAUAAACGAUUCCAAACUCUAAUCAGUCGAAUGGAGCCACUGGAGAUGCCUGUAGAAACGAUCGCUGCAGAAGUCAUGUCAAAGUGUACUACCCCUGUUUCUGAUGACCAUGAUGAGAAGUAUGGUGUUCCUUCACUGGAAGAAUUAGGUUUUGAUACAGAUGGAUUGCCUUCUGCUGUGUGGCCAGGUGGAGAAACAGAAGCUCUUACAAGAUUAGAAAGACAUUUAGAAAGAAAGGCUUGGGUAGCAAACUUUGAAAGGCCACGAAUGAAUGCAAAUUCUCUCCUUGCAAGUCCUACAGGCCUUAGUCCCUAUCUACGGUUUGGCUGCUUGUCUUGCCGCCUCUUUUAUUUCAAGUUAACAGACUUGUACAAAAAGGUAAAGAAGAACAGCUCUCCUCCUCUAUCUCUCUAUGGCCAGCUAUUGUGGCGUGAAUUCUUCUACACAGCAGCCACUAAUAAUCCACGCUUUGACAAAAUGGAAGGCAAUCCCAUAUGUGUGCAGAUUCCAUGGGACAAGAAUCCUGAGGCUUUGGCAAAAUGGGCCGAAGGAAGGACAGGGUUUCCUUGGAUAGAUGCUAUUAUGACUCAGCUUCGUCAGGAAGGCUGGAUCCACCAUUUGGCCAGACAUGCUGUGGCAUGUUUCUUAACUCGGGGUGAUCUGUGGAUUAGUUGGGAAGAAGGAAUGAAGGUGUUUGAAGAACUUUUGCUGGAUGCUGACUGGAGUGUAAACGCAGGCAGUUGGAUGUGGCUGUCCUGUAGCUCCUUCUUCCAGCAGUUCUUCCACUGCUACUGUCCUGUGGGUUUCGGCAGAAGAACUGAUCCUAAUGGAGACUAUAUCAGGCGAUAUUUACCCGUUCUCCGAGGGUUUCCAGCAAAAUACAUAUACGAUCCUUGGAAUGCCCCUGAGGGUGUUCAGAAGGCUGCAAAAUGUAUGAUAGGAGUGAAUUACCCUAAGCCAAUGGUAAAUCAUGCAGAGGCGAGUCGCCUGAACAUUGAAAGAAUGAAACAAAUCUAUCAGCAACUGUCACGAUACAGAGGAUUGGGCCUUCUUGCAUCAGUGCCUUCUAAUGGGAAUGGAAAUGGGAAUGGUGGCCUAAUGGGAUAUUCACCAGGGGAGAACCUCCCUGGUUGUACCAGUGCAAGUGGAUCUCAAAUGGGAACAGGUGAAGGUCAUACAGGGAAUAUUCAAACAUGUGCCCUAGGAGAAUCUCAUACAGGAACAAGUGGAAUUCAACAGCAAGGUUACACUCAAGGGAGUGGUAUUUUGCAUUAUGCCCACGGGGACAGUAAAAAAGCACACUUAAUCCAGCAAGGAAGAACAUCCCUUGGUACUGUUGUUUGCACUGGGAAACGCCCAAAUCCAGAGGAGGAAACGCAGAGCAUUGGGCCAAAAGUCCAGCGACAGAGCAGUAACUAAUUGGGUAAAGAGAAAAAUCCUGAAGGAAGCUAAUCGGGGUAAAAAACAACACGCUCUGUUCCUGUCAAAAGGAAAACCUGAGACUGUCUCUUGAAUAACUUAACUUCUGGUGGAGAAAUGGACCAAACACCAUUGAAACCCAACACCCUGUUUUGUCAACGGUCAAGGAAAUCCCAUCAUUCAUUUUGUGCUUCUAGCAGUCAUAUUUCGGGGUACUCUGAGUGUGACUGUUGUUUUGACAACAUAUGGUUUGUGUUUUCUCAUAAACUGUAUUAAUUUGGGUCCUUUCACAGUAGCAUCAUCUACUUGAAUUUUACCAACCAUGUAUGUAUUGGGGGUGUGUGUGUUAAUUUUUAUGUGCUGCGUUUGUGUUUUGUAUUGACAGGGUAAAUUUUUCUUUCUCUGAUGUGAUCUUCUACAGCUGUGUUCCCUGCAGCUGUAUCUUUUUUCCCCUUAAGCUUCAACAGACAUAAGGUUCUGUUCAGCUUGUUAGCCUGGAAAUUUCCCCCACGUUUGGCUUCUCUCCCUUGAGAGGUACAUCUAGAUCCAUACAAAGUAUAGUCUGUAGUCCACUGUACAUGGAUUUAUUAUGUCGGUAGGUUAGUGUUUUCUGUGCUUCCUGUACUCUUUACGUUGCUGCAAAUGAGCAUCAGAUAGCAAGUUUAUCAAGCAUGUGUUUAGAAUAAGUAGCCAAACCAUGCUGUAGGGCUCCUUUUUUUUGUCUUGUAGAAGUUACUCUGUUCUACCCUUUUCUUGAUCAGAUUAGAUAGGACUGUCUGCUCUCUUUUGCAUCUCUAGGGCAGAAAAUGGGGCAGUACACAAAAAAGUUCACAACUGGUAUGAUGUGUAUCUUUAUUUUACAAAAUUUAUACCCUGCCUUUUUGCCUCAUAAGGGCCAUCAAGCAAGCUAACAAAUUAAACACAUACAUAAUGAAAUGCACAUUGGGAAGCUCCAUCUUCCUUAGUAUAGUUUCUGCAUGAAGAAUCCUAAAUUAACUAUGCUAUGGCCACUUCUUAAAUGGCUGGUAUAGAAGGAUGGAAUAGUUUUAUUCUCAUACCUUUAUGAAAAAUGGUAAACAUGAAACAGUAUUCCAGUAAUAAUUUGAAAAUAUGAGUUUAAUUCUACUGUACUGUGACAUUAAGAUUUAUAAUGUACCUUGAAGCCAGUAUUUAUUAUAAACUGACAUUCUUCUGUAAAAUUUCAUGUUCUGCAUCAUAUUAAAUUAGUUUCUUUUCUCUCCACCAAUCUUCCUUGCUGAUUUAAACUGGGAAGAAAGUCAUCCAUUUGCUCAGUAAUGCAUUUCUAUCCUGUUUUGUUUUCAUUGUGUAUGUGCUGACUCCUUAAUUUCAUCCUUAGAGGCGUACCAGUCAGCCUCCAGAACUGCAAUGUAGGUCUAGACUUCUAGGUCAAGCAUAGCUAAUCUUGUAAUAGUUCACACUGGGACUGUAAAAUAUAGGUCUCUAAGGAGGCAUUAUUUUGGGAAGUUGUUUCUCCUCAUGAGGUGAGUUUUGACAUGGAGUUUGGAUAGAAUCUGAAUAAAUUAGGAGACUCUUCAACCACUGUGGUUUGUUACAAAAUACCCAUCUGGUAAAAAGGUAUGGAAUCUCAUACUCUUGUCUGUGGCUGCCUGCUGGACUUGCAGUAGGUUUUUUGCAGUUUCUCAUUAUGCCCCUUUUCUAACAGAAAAUUUUUGUCUGUCAAUGCAUCUGUCUUCCUCUGAUACCAUCAUCUGCCUGUUCUACAGAAUCUCUAAAUCUGUCACUCUUGUUGAUCCUUGCUUACUUUCCUGUUUAUGCGUACUACUUUUCUUUGCUAGUGAAGAAUCCCCACUGCAGUGUUAUGGCAGGCUCCAUGCCGCACAAGUUGUACAGUACAGUACAGCAGGCAUUUAGUUUGCAAAUACUCUUGAAAUGUAGAUCAUGAAAGAUCACAUUUUUAAAAAGUUAAGAUACCUGUAAGACACAAGGUUAUGGUAACACAUUUUAAGUUUCAACAAAACUCAAUAAAAUCUAAUGCAGACUUCAUAGGAAUUAAUUCCUAAUGGAUUGAUUCAUUUUUGUCUUGCAGCAUUGCUGAAAAGAGGAUCGGCACCCUAAAAUCUUGAUGAAAAAUUUCACUUCAUAUUGGAAUUAAAAAACAUUUGUGAGAGUACUUGUAUUCAAAUAGGCU